AUGAUAGGAUUAUUUGUAGUUGAAGCCAUUGUAGGAAUGCGUAAAAACCUUUCGAAAAUAGAGUAUCAAGUCAAAUGGCUUGGCUAUUCCAAAGAUGAAAAUACAUGGGAAUUACAAGAAAAUUUAGUCUAAAAUUGCAGUGAUCUCAUCAACCAAUAUCAUUAAAACCAAUUUUUUCAAAAAUUCAAAGGUCUCAUCACCGAUUACAAAGAGAUCAAGGGAAAUCUGAGAACUGACAGGCCUUUCCAAAUUAUUAGAGAAUUUGAAACUCAAUUUUUAAUUGCCUAUUAUCCAAGGAAAAAUAGGUUUGUCGGUUCAUCUCUAAUUAAUAAAUCAGAAGCUCCAAUAGACCUAUUACAAGAAUUUUAUUGUAAAUAGGAGGAAGAUGCAAAAUAACAAGAAUACAACAAUUAAUAAAUCGGUUGCGUUUUAGAGUUUUCUGAAAAAUAAUCAUACGUUGUUUUGUUAGAAUCUAAGGAAAGAGUGUUUGUUGACAACGAAAUAAUUAUCGAUCGAUAACCAGAGCUUUUACUCGACUAUUUUGAAAAUAUGAAUUGGAUCACAACAGUAGAAUGA